GGAUUUGCGUUGAUUCAGUCCAGCAAGGAUCGUCUUCCUAAAUCCAAAGAUGGUGUGCUAAGAAAAAGGCGGUAGAAAAGGGGCGCAGAAACAGCAGAGCAGGGGAGCGCGAAACCGAGACAGGGACAGCGAGACGCUGACAGGCAGGAUAAGCGUCGCGAAACGCGACCGGCCUCGUGCCCUACCCCUCGUCCCGUCCCUUCCAUCACGUAUUCACGGGCACGAGCUCGAGCCCUCGUACCCUCCUUCCCUUCCUCGCGCGCGGUCCUCCGAUCGAACUGCCGGACCCGAGCGGAGGAGAGCAGGGCCCUCCCGAGGGCCCUCCCGCGCGGCGACCCCGUGGCGUUCCUGCGAGGCUGCUGCUCGUUCGGGUCGGCGGGGCGGAAGCGGCCCAAGGCCUCGCCCUUGCCCUCCCCACCGCGCCUGUCCGCCGCUGCAGCGGCAGCGGACGACGGGGCCAAGAUGAAGGGCCUCUUCAAGACCAAGCCGCGGACGCCCGUCGACAUCGUGCGGCAGACGCGUGAGUGCCUCGUCCACCUCGACCUCCACUCGGGCUCCCGGAGCGGCGACGCCAAGCGCGACGAGAAGAUGACGGAGCUAAGCAAAAAUAUCAGGGAUAUGAAGUCUAUCCUUUACGGCAAUGGUGAAUCAGAGCCUGUAACUGAAGCAUGUGUGCAACUGACCCAAGAAUUCUUCAGGGAGAACACUUUACGGCUAUUAAUCAUACAUCUUCCAAAACUAAAUUUGGAGACUAGGAAAGAUGCUACUCAAGUUGUUGCAAACUUGCAAAGACAACAAGUAUCCUCAAAGAUAGUUGCAUCUGAGUACCUAGAGUCAAAUAAAGAUCUCUUGGACAUUUUAAUUUUAGGGUAUGAGAAUAUGGACAUUGCUUUACAUUAUGGUGCUAUGUUGAGGGAAUGUAUUCGCCACCAAAGCAUUGCAAGGUAUGUUUUAGAGUCCGAACAUAUGAAGAAGUUCUUCGACUAUAUACAGCUUCCAAAUUUUGACAUAGCUUCUGAUGCUUCUGCUACCUUUAAGGAACUAUUGACAAGACAUAAAGCAACCGUUGCUGAAUUUCUCUCCAACAAUUAUGAUUGGUUUUUUGAAGAAUUCAACUCUAGGUUGCUGUCAUCAACCAACUAUAUAACAAAAAGGCAAGCUAUCAAGUUGUUGGGAGAUAUGCUGCUGGAUAGAUCAAAUGUUGCAGUGAUGAUGCGCUAUGUUAGUUCCAAAGACAAUCUUAUGAUUCUGAUGAAUCUCUUAAGGGAUUCGAGUAAAAAUAUCCAAAUCGAGGCAUUUCACGUGUUCAAGCUGUUUGCUGCGAAUAAAAACAAACCACCUGAGGUCGUGAACAUACUGGUCACCAAUAGAAACAAGCUACUUCGUUUUUUUGCUGGAUUCAAGAUUGACAAAGAGGAUGAACAGUUUGAAGCAGACAAGGAGCAUGUCAUAAAAGAAAUAUCGGCGCUUUGAGUAUGUCUGAGGUUGUAAUUAGUCAUUCUGAUGAUUUUCUUUUCUCGAGAAAGUGCAUGUAAAAUAAUAAACUUUUUGUAUAUUAUUCUGUUGGGCUUAGAGGAACAAUAUGACUCGUUGACUCGAGUUGCACUUGGAUACUGCCAGCAAAUGUGAUAGUUUUUAAUAGAUUGCGUGGUUGCCCUUGCCCUUUUUAUGGGCUUGUUUCAAUGACAAAAAAUAUCCAAGGAUUUAGAGA